GUAUUAUUACUUUUAGGUGACCACCCCGUUUCCAAACUUUCACAACCCUUCACUCGGUUCACAACCUUCUCGACAAACGCUCGCUGCGUGGGCUACUUUGUAUACUGUUCACUCCGUCUUCACCCUUUUCAUUUUCUUGCUUUAAAGUUUAUAACGUUCUUUUAUAAGCAAAAGUGGGAGAAAACUCUGCGCUUAGUUCCCGCACCAUAAUCUUGCAAAGUGCAAAAGAUAAAAUAACAAUACCGUUACACAGUAUAUACACUCGGUCUCGUAUCAAAGCGUUGUAAUCCGGAAAAGCUCUUGUUUUUUAUAUCCCUUUCCCAAACUGGACCUUAAUGGAUGAACCGACUCCCGGCUAUUCAUCCAACUAAUCACACAACGUCGUGGAUUUAGCUGCGGCAUGGUAAAUGGUAUUGAGGAACACUGCGGGCAAGCAUAUUCCAGCAAUAAUAUGGAUUACCACAGGGGUAUUCAAAUAAAUCUGAAUAAUCUUAUCUGUCAGUUCCUGUCAAUUUUCUGACAUAACUCUGACUAGUUGUCUCACAUGCCGAAUCACAUGCAAGCGCAAAUAGAACGGCAGUAUAGCCCAUGGGGCUUGUUGUUAAAGCUGGCGUGUAGUGCUUAAGGGGUUGCACACACGUAUUCCGAGUUUUUUGGCACUUCAACAUCUCUUCGGUAUUUUUAGAGUUGCCGCUACCCAGCUUGUCCUAAACGAGUUGAGCAUCUGUUUUCUAAAUUAUCCAUAUAAACAAUGGUUAUUUACUCGUAAUGAGCAGAAAUCGGAUUUGCUCUCCUAAGUGUUUCAGCUUCAUUCAUAACACCUAUUUGACGCUGUCAAUUUUUUAAAACAAAGAACAUCCAAUUCUACGACGAACAACAGUAUACACUAAUUGGCCUAAGUGCACUAUGCCUUGUAUGCAGCCUCCUUUUGUCAAGUACUAGGACGUAAACAAAUGAUGGAAGCAGUCAAAUUGGUGAAAAUAGAGUUUCUUUACGGAAAGUUAAUGCGUAACGUGCGGCGUUCGCUGUCGGAAUGGCACUUUAAAGGGAUCCCAUCAGAGCAAUUGGUCGAAGAAAGGCUGGUGAUCUUGCAUCGUCAUGGAACAGCGGUAUACGAACACGUCGCCGGUGCUAUUGUUAAGGAACUAAAACAGGUUUCCAAGACUAACUUGCAAAAUUCGGGAAAUGUAUUUCUUGCUGCACUCCGCGAUAUGUGGCGCCUUUUCAAAGAUUUCGUAUCGACAUUUUGCCAAUUUUGCCUCACGGUUCUCCUAGAUAAGAUAUAUUCGUUCGGAAUCGUGGAACUGGUUCAAAUCCAGGGUCAAGUUUUUGUCCAAAAUAACUUGGAUAAUUUUCACGCUUUGGGUCUGAGGAUCUUUCGAGACAAUGUUAUUUACCAUCAUGGAAUACGAGAGAAAUUACGAGUGGUAAUGUUGAACAGCAACCGAUGGGUUCGGACACUUGACGCAUACCUGCUUCGUAAGUCCUACCAAAUUCUCACGGAACUUGGAGGAAUAGAGGUUUAUCAGACAAUCUGCGGAAGUCCGUGCUUACGCCACUAUGGCAAGCUUUUGAGUAAAGUAAAGCAAGCCUUGAUGCAAAACAAACGCAAGGAAAUUUUGCAUUCCUCGAGAACUAGUCCAUUGGCCAAAAAAACGCCAAAACGCAGAGCCCAGAGCACACCACCGAGAGUUAAUUUAUUUGGUCAUACGUGCUAUUAUAACUACAACAACUGCGAUUAUCGAGGAGCAGGAACGUUUGGUGCGGUGUUCGAAGUUGGUGCAGUCGUUGGUGGUACAAAAAGACGAGUUGCUGUAAAGGUCAUGCCUAUGCAGAACGAAUCAGAUCUUGUAAACAACACAGAAAAAUGGAACAGCUGGUGCCAACGUCUCAGAACAAUUACAGCACUGAUUCAUCCCCACGUCGUCAGGUAUCACGGUGUAAUCGCAGACUGCCAGAGUGCCCGUAUCGAAAUUGUGAUGGAUUACUGUGUUGGAGAUCUCUCGCAUUAUUUGCAUCUUGCCGGGAGAAAUGAAACGGUAAUCGACAUCCACACAGCUAUGCGUUAUGCGAGCGAAAUCGCUGAUGGACUGCAGUUUCUUCACUACAACGGAAUUAUACAUGGAGAUUUGAAGCCAGGAAACAUUCUGGCACGUCAUAAUGGAGCGCAAAUUGAGAUGAUUCUCGGUGACCUAGACGACAGUGUUCAGUUGCGUUGCUUCAUGUCCGGUACCGACGACCUGUCACAUAUUCAUGGCACUAUCCGCUACAUGGCACCGGAAAUUUUAAAAAAGUUCAUUGCACAAAUCGAGAGCGAAAUCCCUGGGCGGAAAUCUGACAUGUGGAGUUAUGGCUGUGUACUACUGGAUCUGGCUAACUGUGUGACCAAGCUGGAGAAGAAAUGGCUUUGCAAAGCAUCCAAAAUAAUCGAAGUCGGGAAAGAAAUGACGGACAUGCAGUUUGUUAUUCUCAUUGCCAAAAAAAACUUCGUUCCGCACGUCGAUGGCUCUAUUCCGUGCGCUCUGAAACAGCGCAUUCGCCGCUGCUUAUGCAGCUCAAAACACGCGAGAAUUUCGUCCGAGGAGAUGUUGCAGUCCUUAAAAGAAUGGCGUGACAGAAACUAAUCAGCGUGCAGACUUUGAAGCCGUCUUUGUUCAGUUUUGCGUUUUUCCAGUUCAAAUUUACGCUCAUCGCUCUUCACAGCGCCAGCAGCUUAACUUUGGAGACUUCUUUUGCUCGGGCCAGUGAUGAUCUACACACACGUGACAAGACACACAUCAAUAAUUUCAAUGAGUGUUUCUAGCUGCAUGUUUUUCCAUUGUUGAUAUAGUGAAUGUUUGUUAACUGAAGCAAAUGUUCAAGCGAACAUAA